AUGAUUUUAUCAGUUGGUGCUCUUUUGAUUAACGGAAUAACUGCGGAUUCAGUGUUGAAUUCGGUGAGUCUAGUUUCCGGGUCUGGUUGGGAAUUAAGGGUUGGACUCUUCUAAACAUUUUUUUUCGAAAAACUCUCCCAAACCCAUUUUUGCCAUCUUUCUAGAUCUACUACCCUCUAGCUAUCAUUGAUGUUCUAACAACUCCAAUAGUAUUUCAAAUCACAUAUAUUUUUUGCAACAAAAAAAAUCUAGAAAAGUUGUUGAACAUGAACUUCACAACAUUGAAAACUUGGAUGACUAUUUGCUGUGGAGUUGAAUCAAAUCGUGUAGGAAUUCAGUGAAAAAUGAUGAAUGUUACUGAAGCUAUUCCAGCGUGAAUUGAAGUAAGUGCGUUACUGUGGCUCAAAAGUUGCAUUGAAAUUAUAUAAUCACACCCUUGUUUUCAGCCAAAUCCCAAAUGUUUUCUGAAAAUUUCGUAUUCAGUGAAAUUCUCGAAAUUGAAAUCAAUUGAAAUCAAUCGAGCGUCACGUGAGCUUUGAACAAUGACGUCAGCUACUUCCAAAAAAUCCUCAUUUCUUACUAAUCUAUUUUUUCAAAAAAUGAAAAUCUAUCAAUUUUUAUUCUUGCUAUUUCUAUUUCUAAAAAUACCUUCAUCAUAUUCCAAAACUUCUGAGAAAGUCCAAGAUUCUCAAAACACCAUAGGAAUCAACAUGUUCCAAAAAACUUUUGGAAAUGUUUAUCAAACUUGUUAUAUUUGGGUGACACCAUUGAAAAUUGCCAAAUUGAACAAUCCGCCAUUUUAUGAAUUGUCCAAAAGAUUGCUAAAAAUCAUGUCUGAUCAAUGGAAUGAGGACAAUUUUCGAAAAUAUAUUCAAAAAACGCUAGCUGAUCAGGAAGGAUCGCAUUAUUUCAAAAUGGCUUAUACAAGUUUGGUACGUGAUAGCGAUCUAAUUCUAUUUCUAGACCUUACAUUAGAAUGAAUCCUAAUUUUUUCAGCCAAUGUUAGAUGAUCUCGUUAUCACAUUCUCCCUGGCUUCAUUAAUUAUGAUCGGGCUGAUUGUAACAAUUCGAUUUUCGCCAGGAAUAUUCGAAAUUCUUGACCGACAUUUGAAUGUUAUUGGAAAUUUUCGAGUUUCUACAGUAAUUCCAGUGUUAUUCAUUUAUUUUCUAUUGGCUUCAACGGUUGAAUUUACAAAUUCAGCAAAUAUUGCCGAAGAUCGACUUAUGAUUGGACACGGUUGGCAUCAUGAAUUAACUGAAAGUUGGUUUUUUCACUUUGAAAAAUGGGAAAAACGUUUUAAAAACUAACAAGUUAAUUUUAAUCUUAAAAGAAUCUCUAGAAAACUAUGGCCAAUGAUUUUCAGAGCACGGAGCUUUGAUGAGUAGCAAACUCGAGCAAUUCAAUUGUGUUGUUCGAACAUAUUGGAGUGUGAUGAGAGAAUUUGAAAAAUGGGUAAAUCCAUAUGAAUUUUAUCGACCAAUUUUGCUCAACAAAACUGACAUAUUCUUUCAAAAUCAAUCGAUAUCAUUGGCUGAAUAUUUGAAGGAAACAUAUACUGAUGAUAUAAAAAGAGAAUAUGUUUCGAAUAAGAUCACUCAAAAAUUUGUGGAUGAAAUGCAUUAUUAUUCGAGUGGUGCGGCAAAUUAUACCGUUAAACCUCAAACUGUAGAUAUGAAAGAUGUAUUGAUUUCGUAUUAUGAAAAAACUUUACAACUUCCGGUUAGUCAGUUUUAAUACUGUAAUAAUGGUCUAAAAUUGAGUUUAAGACAGCCAAAUGUUUUCUGAUAAUAAGUUGUCUUCGAAAGUCAAACAAAAAAAUCGCAAUCUGUGUUUAUGAAAAUUUUUUGCAGAAAUCAGAAGAAUACAGAUUGUUCAAAUUCUCAAUCAUCAUCCUGAAUGUGUAUACUUUGAUCAUCGCAAUUGCUGUAACAAUUCUAGGAUUUAUGGAUCAUAAACCAUGGCAUGAUAAAGUUCUUCGGAUCCUAGAUUGGGCUCAACAUGGAAUUCUACUAAUUAUUUUUUUGAAAGUCAUCAUUUUUAUGCUCAUCGUGGCUCAAGUUUGUAACACAUAUAAAAUUCAAACAACAAUGAAUACUGGAAAUUUUACAUUUUUGAGUGAGACAACUACAAAACAUGGAAUCAAUCUCAGUUUUUUAUUCGAAAAAUCGUAUUUUACGAACACAACUUUGACUGAAGUUAUGGGAUUGGGAAGUGAGUUUUUUCAAACUUUUAUUCGUGAAUUGUGCUUUAAUAAAAUACCCAAUUCCAGAAUAUUUAUACGAUGCUCGCCCUGAUCAAUUUCAACCUGAUAUGGAAUUGCGAAACUUGGAUUUUCUUCAAGAAUUCAUCAAAUCUCCACAUCUCAAAUUUCAGCCAAAAGAGUUUUAUGCACACAUCGCUGAGAAAUUCAAAUUUAAUGUGACAGAACAUCCAUUCUUUUUCAAUGCGUUUUUAUUUUCGAUGAAUUUUAGUCGAUUCACGAACUCAUUGAUGAAAGAUGUUACUGUACCUGCUAGCACACCAGUUUGGAUUAUGCGUGAGUUCUAGGAAAUGUUUGAAUAUUCUUCAAAAAGUUAAGCCAUUGCUCAUAUUAGGAAAACAUUCUAAAUUUUCAGUUGUCAUGCCAAUCUACCAUUUCGGAAUCGCAUUUUAUGUAAUGUUCGCAAUUCCAAAACUUCGCUAUGAUCGAAAAACUUGGACAAAUGAUAAUCUAAUUUAA